UAGAAUCAGGAAAAAAAGAAAACAAAGAAUUAAAAGCCUUUAAUUCGAGCCUUUUCUUUUCAAAUAAUGAUAGAGUUUUUGUCUGGAAUAACCCCGAUAAAGCAGGUGUUUUGUACACUUACCAUUUUUCUGGUAGCAAAAUGGUAGCACUUACCGUUUUUCUGGUACCAUUUUUCUGGUAGCAUCUUUCUGGCAGAAAGCUGAACAUAGAUCUACUACAUGCAAAUAUAUUUAAGAAAUACCCUUUUUUUUUCCCUUAGCCACUUUCUCUGGAUCAGGUGUCUGUCCUAACAGGUUUUCUUCUGUGCACCCCUUCUGUAGAAAUGACUUGCUGAUGGUCUGUCGCCAGCUGAAUAUGGAAGAGUCUGUGGCUGAGAUCAUGAACCAGUUGGGUGCUGAUGAAAACGGGAAGAUUUCCUUUCAGGAUUUUACAAGGUGUCGCAUGCAGCUAGUUCAAGAAAUCAGGAAGGAAGAAGUAGACCUCUCUGUGAAGUCAGAUAACUCCUGUAAAAAGAAGAAGCUGAGGGACAGAAUUGUUUCCUGGCCCACGAGCAGUGACAACAGUCUGGGUGCCUUAUCAGCAGCAAAGGAGAGCUGGGAAUAUGACUGUGGUGCCAGGGACCUCCAGAGCCCAGACUUGCACGCUCAGUCAGCCCUGCAGAAGCUGCUCGAGUGUGGCGGAAGCACUGUGCAUCAGCAAGCUGCUCUCCACAAACUGCUCACACAGCUCUCACAUUUUGGCAGCUCUGUAGGAGGGAGCUACCUAGAGCUGGCCAACACGCUCCAUCUGGCAGCCCUGGCAUCGCUCAAGGGAGAUAUAGUGGAGCUUAAUAAACGCCUGCAGCAGACAGAGCGUGAACGGGACCUUCUAGAGAAGAAAUUGGCCAAGGCCCAGUGUGAGCAGUCCCAUCUCAUGAGAGAACAUGAGGAUGUCCAGGAGCGAACAACACUUCGGUACGAGGAACGCAUCACGGAGCUCCACAGCAUCAUUGCUGAACUCAAUAAGAAGAUAGACCGUUUGCAAGGCACUACCAUCAGGGAGGAAGAUGAAUACUCUGAACUGCGAUCAGAGCUCAGCCAGAGCCAGCAUGAGGUCAAUGAGGAUUCUCGCAGCAUGGACCAAGACCAAACCUCCAUCUCCAUCCCUGAAAACCAGUCCACCAUGGUCACUGCAGAUAUGGAUAACUGCAGUGACCUGAACUCAGAACUGCAGAGGGUGCUGACGGGACUGGAGAGUGUGGUCUGUGGCAGGAAGAAGAGCAGCUGCAGCCUGUCCGUGGCCGAGGUGGACAGGCACAUCGAGCAACUUACCACGGCCAGCGAGCACUGCGACCUGGCUAUCAAGACAGUUGAAGAGAUUGAGGGGGUGCUCGGCCGGGACCUGUACCCCAACCUGGCUGAAGAGCGGUCUCGGUGGGAGAAGGAGCUGGCUGGGCUGCGGGAAGAGAACGAGAGCCUGACUGCCAUGCUGUGCAGCAAGGAGGAAGAGCUGAACCGGACCAAGGCCACCAUGAAUGCCGUCCGCGAGGAGCGGGACCGGCUGCGGAGGAGGGUUCGAGAGCUUCAAACUCGACUGCAGAGCGUGCAGGCCACAGGCCCCUCCAGUCCUGGCCGCCUCACUUCUGCCAACCGUCCUGUUAACCCCAGCACUGGAGAGCUGAGCACCAGCAGCAGCAGCAAUGACAUUCCUAUUGCCAAGAUUGCAGAGAGGGUGAAGCUGUCAAAGACAAGGUCUGAAUCUUCCUCAUCUGACCGGCCAGUCCUGGGCUCAGAAAUCAGUAGCAUCGGGGUGUCCAGCAGCGUGGCAGAACACCUGGCUCACUCGCUUCAGGACUGCUCCAACAUCCAGGAGAUUUUCCAGACACUCUACUCACAUGGAUCUGCCAUCUCAGAAAGCAAGAUUAGAGAGUUUGAGGUGGAAACAGAACGGCUGAAUAGCCGUAUUGAACACCUCAAAUCGCAAAAUGACCUCCUGACCAUAACCCUGGAGGAAUGCAAAAGCAAUGCGGAGCGGAUGAGCAUGCUCGUGGGGAAGUACGAGUCCAACGCCACGGCGCUGAGGCUGGCCUUGCAGUACAGUGAGCAGUGCAUAGAAGCCUACGAGCUCCUCCUAGCCCUGGCGGAGAGCGAGCAGAGCCUCAUCCUGGGGCAGUUCCGAGCUGCUGGCCUGGGCUCCUCCCCUGGAGACCAGUCAGGGGAUGAAAACAUCACGCAAAUGCUCAAGCGAGCCCAUGACUGCCGGAAGACGGCUGAGAACGCUGCCAAGGCCCUGCUCAUGAAGUUGGAUGGCAGCUGUGGGGGAGCCUUUGCCGUGGCCGGCUGCAGCGUGCAGCCCUGGGAGAGCCUGUCCUCCAACAGCCACACCAGCACAACCAGCUCCACAGCCAGCAGCUGCGACACGGAGUUCACUAAGGAAGACGAGCAGAGGCUGAAGGAUUACAUCCAGCAGCUCAAGAACGACAGGGCGGCGGUCAAGCUGACCAUGCUGGAGCUGGAGAGCAUCCACAUAGACCCGCUCAGCUACGACGUCAAGCCGCGGGGGGACAGCCAGAGGCUGGACCUGGAGAACGCCGUGCUGAUGCAGGAGCUGAUGGCCAUGAAGGAGGAGAUGGCAGAGCUGAAGGCGCAGCUGUACCUCCUGGAGAAAGAGAAGAAGGCCCUGGAGCUGAAGCUGAGCACGCGGGAGGCGCAGGAGCAGGCCUACCUGGUGCACAUCGAACACCUCAAGUCCGAGGUGGAGGAACAGAAAGAGCAGCAGAUGCGGUCCCUCAGCUCCACCAGCAGUGGCGGCAAGGACAAACCUAGCAAGGACUGUGCCGAUGCCGCCUCCCCAGCUCUGUCCCUGGCGGAACUGAGGACGACGUGCAGCGAGAGCGAGCUGGCCGCCGAGUUCGCCAGCGCCGUGCGCAGAGAAAAGAAGCUGAAGGCCAGAGUUCAAGAGCUCGUGAGUGCCUUGGAAAGACUCACCAAGAGCAGCGAAAUCCGACAUCAGCAAUCUGCAGAGUUUGUCAAUGAUCUAAAGCGGGCCAACAGCAACCUGGUGGCUGCAUAUGAAAAAGCAAAGAAAAAGCAUCAAAACAAGCUGAAGAAGUUGGAGUCUCAGAUGAUGGCCAUGGUGGAAAGACAUGAGACCCAAGUGAGAAUGCUCAAACAAAGAAUAGCUCUGCUAGAGGAGGAGAACUCCCGGCCACACACCAAUGAAACUUCACUUUAAUCAGCACUCAGGCACUGAAGCUGUAUCCCUGGAGCUAUGUUCUAGCAGGCCAGUGGAGGGAGGGCCCCAGGACAAGGACCUGUUGGGAAGACAGAGGCGGCACAUAGGUCAGCAAGUGGAUGGAGUGCCACGUUUCACUGGCUGGCAGUGAGUGACACUGUGGGCUUUAUCCACAGGACUCGGUUCCCCUCUCCUGGCCCAUGGACAGUAUGUAAGCAAAGGCCCUGUGCAGUGCUCAGUAGUAUCUCCCUUGGGCUUUAAGCAGUCACUGUCUCCAGCUUCCUGUGUAUCAGUGCAUUUGUUUUUGUGAUUUUCCAGUCUACUUUCUUUUUUUGUAGAUAAUGGGCUAACCUUCUGGCAUCUCCGAUUUCUCUUUCUUUCCUCUUCCUCCCAGGGAAAAUGCUGACACAGAUCUGUAUGUAUCUCUAGCAUCUAGGAGUGCUGACUUGCUUGUUCCAGCAAGAACUGGGUUUCCAAGUCCCACAUUAUCAACUCUUGGCUGUCCUACAGAGGCAUCACUGAGAGAAAUCCAAGGCGAGUAGUGGCGAAUUGCUGCCCUAGGAUGGCACUUACAGUCCCAUCAGUCACAAGUAGGCACCAGAGAUGUGCUGAACAAUUCUGUAUCACAAGAGUAGAGAUGCCCUUCAACCUUACAUUUUAGAAGCAGGAAUGGGAAGGGCGCCCUCUUGAUUCUGAGAUCUUCCCUUCUCGAUGGAAUCAUGAAUAGCCAAGACUUAAGAGUUGAGAAUCACAGCACAUGUAAUGCAACUAAAGUUCUCCUGGGGUUUAAGAACAGGAAAGCAGUAUUAGCACUUCGCCCCAGCUUUGGGGCACUAUACAGAAUUGCAUUCCGCUGAAUCAGAACUCAUCCCUGAGUACAAGUAGCUCCAGACCUCUUUCCUUCUACCCUUAAAAGCAAGAAGGCAUGCGCCGUCAGGAGAUAGCGAAUGUUUUGCAGCACUGCUCCCACCUACUUGAGUACUAGUGAGCCUCCAGCCGGGCACUGAGCACCUGCUGUCAUGCAGGAGGAGGAGACUGCUCUUAGGCUUUUCCCCUCAACUACACGGUGAUGAUUAGCUUAUUCUGCAUAAAAGGUUCAGUUUCAACCAAAAUGCUAACAGGGCUAAGCAGGACCAAAGUGCCUGAAUUUUUCUGUAGUCCCAAGACUACCCAAGUCCCCUAUGAGAAAUGGGUUCCAAUGUCAUAGUUAACUACAAAUAGUUCUAAGCAGGUCACUGCAAGAAAUUUUUUCUGUCCAUGAGCUUUAAGUACAAGCUGAUCUAAUUUCAGAGAGCACAAAAAAUUCUUCAGCCUCUGUGCAACCGGGAAAGGAAUUCCAGCCACCUCCUAGUACACAGUUCUUCCCUGAAAGCAACAACCCUUCUGAGGCAAACCGUAAGGCUCU